CCAGCUAGGACAGUCUUCAUUCAGUUUCAGUGCUGUAUCUCGAAAGGAGUUCGUCUCAGAUGUCCGUCACAAAAUAUUUACUAACAAAGUGAGUGACAUCUGUCUUCAAAGAAUGGACCAUCAGAUUGAUGACCCAAAGCUUGCUUUUGCUUACCUCCGUCCAGCCUGUGUGCUCCUGACUCGUGAGCCCACGGUGGGCAAUGUGGAAACCCUGAGCACACAGCUGAGGCAUGUAAAUCAUGGAACUCUGCAGCAGCUGCAGGACUAUGUCCUUUUUCCUCUCCGCUUCAUCCUCAAAAUCCCUGGCCCCAAGCGGGAUGGCUUGAUCCAGGCUGUGGCCGAGGCCAUGGGAUAUGUCCUGGAGAACACCUGUGUACGGAGCUGGGAGACGCUGAGGGACCUUCUCUCAGAGCUCUGCCUCUGCCUCUGCUCCCCCACGGACCCAGGGAAGCCAGCACCUACCUCCGAGGAGCUGAGAGCUGCAGUACUGAGGUGCCUGGAUGCUCUGCUCCAUGCAGCCUAUGGUGACGUGGUCUUCAAGCUGUUUGAGCCCAUCAUGCUGCCUGGCCUUGGGGCUGCUAUCUCGCUGCUGCUGGCACUGGGAGAGCAGGAGAAGUCCCGCUCCGUGCAGGCUGCUGCUCUGAAAUGCCUGCAGGCCCUGACCCUCCAGUGUGACUGUUCUAUGGACCAUGUGUUGGUGGAUCAGAAGGAGAGGCGUAUCCUAGGCAGCACCAUGGCUUCUUUCUUACCUGGGAUCACCAUCGCUGUGAGCCGUGUGAUCACUGGCGAUAUGAGACAUGGACACGCUGUCACAGUUAGGGCCAUUAAGGUGUGGUUCAAGACAGUGGGAUUGGUGAUGGCUGACGACCAGCUUCAGAACACAGGGACUGGGGAGAGACAGCUGUGGGAACUGGGGAGAGUAUGGGAGCUGGUAGUGCAGAGAACUCAGGACUGGGUGCGAGACACCUCUGGGAGGCUGGCCUUACUGUUAAAAAAGAUAAUCUCCUGCACCUCAGCUCAUCAGCACUGGAGAGUGAGGCUUGAGAUGGUGAACUUCUCAGACCACCUCCUGGCCAACUGUAACUCCUCCCUGGGUGAGUGUGUGGGCCCCCUCCUGGAGGCUCUGGUGGGGGCUGUGAACGAUGAGGAGCCCACUGUGAGGGAGAGGUGUGAGGCUGCCCUGAGGGAGGUGGCAGAGAGGCAUCAGAGCUCAGAUAGUAACAACCAGGCCUUUACUGACGUUCUGUCAGAGAACCUCCACUCCCUGGCCACCUCACUGCCGCGCCUCAUGAGAACGUCUGAUGACCAGCGUAAGGUGUUUGUCCUCAACGUGUUCCUGGGCUACCUCAAAAUCCUGGGCCCCAAGGUGAUAGUGGUACUCAACUCGGCGGCCCACCUCCAGCGGGUGUCCAAGGCCCUGAUGCAGGUGUUGGAGUUAGACGUGAUGGACGUACGCAUCGUGGAGGAGAGGAGCUCUGCCGUAACUGUGGAGACGGGGCCCGGGCCACAUGGGGCACAUGCUCAGAGGAAGCACUUCCUCUACUUCACAGACGGAAGAAUCUUCUCCCUGCUCAAGGAGAUCUGCAGGGUGUUAGGUUACUAUGGGAACGUCUAUCUCCUAGUAGAUCACUUCAUGGAUCUGUACAAGGAGUCGUCGGUCUACAGGAAGCAAGCUGCAAUGGUGCUGAAUGAGGUGAUCACAGGAGCAGCAGGCAUCGGUGUGGCAGGAGGCCAGGAGAGGCAGGGAGUGCCCACUCAGGAGGACCUGAAAGCAGUAGUAGAAUCCAUCAUAGAGGAGUACAUCUGCCUGAGCCACUGGCACCUGCCAAACCUUAUUGGUGAGGAGUCAGACAGAGGGGAACAGGAGCAGCAAACUCAGUUUAGUCUCUUCUCCAUAUCUAAUGGGGUUGAAGGGAAAGGGAAUCCCCUCCAGUUGGUCCAAGCAGUCCACAAGAGCUCCACUAUCCACGAGCUGAACAGCAACAUCUGGCAGAUCUGCAUUCAAUUGGAGGGGAUAGGCUGCUUCGCCCAGGCCUUGGGGAUGGACUUCCGUCUCAUUCUGAUGACAUCACUGUACCCGGUUCUGGAGAAGGCCGGGGAUGAAACCCUGUUGAUCAGCCAGGCAGCGCUGGAUGCCAUGUGGGACAUCAGCCAGGCCUGUGGAUACGCCUCCCUGAAGGAUCUGAUCAAUGAGAAUGCAGAUUACCUGCUGAACGACGUGUCUUUGAACCUCCAGAGGCUGGGUGUCCACCCCCACGCCCCCAGGGUCCUCACCGUCAUGUUCAGUCACUCCGACCCCAGCCUGCUGCCUCUGGUGGGGGACAUAGUCCAGGACGUGCUGCUGGCUCUGGACAUGAGCUACGACGAGACGUCCCCUCUGUUCUGCACUGUGCUGCACUCACUUAUGAAGGCUCUAGCGAGGUGGUUCCCCUCUAGUGUUGCGGGAACAAGUGACGCUUUGGGAACCAAGAAGGUGUGGCGUGAGCAGGACCAGCUGAAUGUGCGCCAGUUUCUCCUGGACUACCACAAACAGAAGGAGCUGGCAGUGGGCAUCGGGGCAGAGGAGGAGGGCACAGAGCACCCAGAGCUCCCGCCAAGCAUGGACUGUGAAGAGGAUAUGGAUGGUCCUGAUGUGAAAGUUGAGCUUCCAGCCUACAUCACCAUAGCUAAAGACGUCAUGGACCGCUGCAUUCACCUGCUCUCAGACCCCAGCCUGAGACUCAGACUCAAGGUCCUGGAUGUGUUGGAACUGUGUGUGUGUGUGCUAAGUCAGAAGGAGAAUGAGCUACUGCCCAUGGCCCACCGCUGCUGGCCUGCCCUGCUGCUCAGACUUACUGCUGAUGACCCAUUAGCUGUCCUCCGAGCCUUCAGGGUUCUGUGCACAUUGGGGGAAACCUGCAGAGAUUUCCUGAGGAAGAGGGUGUCUAAAGAGGUGAUCCCCAAGCUGACUGCCUGGCUGUCCAAACAGGCGCCAGUGAGUGCCAGGGCUGGCCCAGUCUACAGCCACACCCUGGCCUACAAGUUACAGCUGGCUGUGCUGCAGGGCCUGGGGGCUCUCUGCCUUCAUCUGGACCUAGGGGACUCAGAUAUGGAUGCUGUAACGGAAUCCUGCCUGCCCUACCUCAGCUGUAGACAGCCACCCAAACUGCAAGAGGCCUGUCUGAGUGUCUUCCUCCGCCUAAUAGAAGUGGAUCCUGAUGCCUUCUGGUUGACUCUGAACGAGCUGUACUGUCCCUGCUCCUACAACCCACCCCACCCUGACCUGCAGCCUGUGGAGCUGAGUGGGAUGGGCCUCCCGAGGAAUGAAUACACAGAUAAUGUCUUGAAACUCCUGGAGGAUUUUGCCUGAGGACACACAGCCAGCAGGGAUUCAGAUCCAGUGAGCUGCACUGAUGAACAGUACCCCAGUCAUCCACCCGUCUGUCCCCAAACCGAGAAAGGAACACUACAAUGACGACAGCCUCAGGA